CCAGCUGCCUUUUAAAAAAUGACCCCUUAAUUCAUUAUUUUUACUUAUUUCAAAUUUAAUAUUUAAAUAACAAAUAAUAAUAAUAAUUGCAAUUACAUAAAAAAACGCAGAUGGCGUUAUGAUUUCAUUCAUUAUCUUCGUUAAUUAAUUUCAUAUAACGCGUGAUAAAUUGAUAAAAAUGGGAGAUUUCGAUAAAAACUGUUGUUGCACCAAAACUCAGCUGUCGGAAUACAUUACCGCAGUAAUUGUCGACUGGAAUACAUCAUCUGCAGAAAUAUCAACCGGCUGCUGGAAGCUUCCUAAAGUAAUGGCUCAGAAAAGUAUCGUCACUGGAGUCAAAAUAGAUCAAGGAACGGUACCCCUUUUUGGAACUUACAAUGAAAUGGUAACUCAAGGACUGGACGAUCUCCAUAGCAAGUGUCUGAUGCUCAAGGAAAAUAAUUGCCAAUUUACAACUUGGAAAUGUAUUUUCAAAAUCUCUAAUCAAUGGCCCAGCGCUUUAGCUUCAACGGCUAACGCUCUAGCCGCAGCAAGGUAUGCUAGCGUAACUCAAAGUACAGGAAUGAUUCCAAUAGUUCACCUGGAAAUAAUAAAUCUCCCAAAAGCAACUUACUCAAUUGUUCGAGCCCUUGAAGCUCACCAAGAAAUUCUAUCAAGUUUUUUCUCAGCCUUCAAUCAGUAUCACGUCGCCCUCGAAAGCAUUAUCCUUAUGCUCGCUAUCAUCGAACCUGGGAUCGAUAAUGCUGCGUACCACGACCCAUGCACAUUAGCUGAUUAUACUUCAACUUUCCUAAAUCAAUUACUUCCGCCAGCUAUUCCAGCAAUUAUUCUGUCGGCAACAAAUCAACAUUUUAGCCAUUAUUUAAAUGCACUCACUCAAGACAAAAGUUCUAAAUCAUGGAAAUUAUUGUUCCACUGCCUUAGAGCGCCAAGAAAUUCAUCUAAAAAUAUAUCUGAUGACACUUUAAUGCUGUUAGAGGAUUUACAUAAUUUUUUUCACGCUCAUUUAAAUAUUAAACAUGAAAAUUCACUUUCCUGGGAUUAAUUUUAUUCUUAACAAAUUAUAUCUAUCGACAAGUUAAAUUU